UAGAAAAGCAAAACAAAGAUUAAAGAAUAUAAUCGUACUUUGUUAUUAAAUUAACGCAAUAAGUGAUUCUUCAGAGUGAUGAAAAUGACAGUAUAACAUUAAGACGUUUUUCAAUAAGUUUAAAGAGAAUUUUGAAAUUGAUUUGAAUAGAAAAUUAAAAGAAAAUUAAUAACCAAUAAUAUAGUAUAAUAAUCAGUAAAUAAUAGCUAAGCCAACUUGCUAAAGAUAUUUUAUUUACAUAAAUUAGAGUUUUACCGAUCAUACAUUCUUAUACAUUAUGAUAAUCAAAAGUAACUCAUCUAAAAAACCUAAUGUAAGCUUUGUAAAUACUACAAAGCAAUAUUACAUCACUGGUAUGUCUUUAAUAAUACUGAGUGCCGUCUUUUUAUAUUAUGGUUAUUCAACUCAAAUACCUUUAAAACAUGUUAUUUCUUUAAAAUCAAACUUAUCACUACAUAAUAUUAUAUCUGAUAAGUUUCUUUCAAUCGGUUUGGACUCGUCCCUGUUGAGGCAUUUGAGUAAUGUACCAAUCAAUAACAAGAAAUUUAUGAAUCUUGCUCGGCACCUUAGCCCAGCUUUUGUUAGAAUUGGUGGUACAUCCGCUGACUGUUUAUUUUUCAAUCAGACUUCUGAGCAACUGGAGAAAAAAGAUAACAAGGAAUUGUUAGUUUAUAGUAAUGAUACAAGUAAUUUUUCAAUAACUAGCAAUGACUUUAUAUCAUUGUAUCAAUUUACUCAAGAUGCUAAUUUAAGAAUGAUUUUUGACUUGAAUGUAUUAAGAAGGAACUCUGAUGGAUCUUGGAAUAGUGAUAAUGGACAAGAAAUCAUACUUUUUGCAAAGAAACAUGGAAUGGAACUUGAUUGGCAAAUGGGAAAUGAGCCAAAUUCAUUCUUUCAUGUUUUUAACAUCAGAAUAAGCGCACAACAGUUAGCGGAAGAUUAUUGCAAAUUACGUAGCUUAUUAAAUGAAUCUGGUUACAAGGAUAGUAGUCUCAUGGGUCCAGAAGCAAAUCAUAUUGGAGAUUCAGGUCAAUUUUAUGCGCACAUUUUUUUAAAGUAUGUUAAAGAUUGUAUUGAUGAUGUUACAUGGCAUCAGUAUUAUCUCAAUGGUCACAUAGCUCAGUUAGAAGAAUUUUUAAAUCCACUUACAUUCAAUAGAUUAUCUACACAAAUUGAUACAAUGAACUGGGCUAUCAAAACAAGUGGACAAGUUAAAAAUAUGUGGAUAUCUGAAACAAGUUCAGCGUACGGCGGAGGCGCACCAAAUCUUUCAGAUAGAUUUGUUGCGAGCUUUUUAUGGUUAGACAAACUGGGUUAUAGCGCCAAAGCUAACGUUCAAGUUGUGAUAAGGCAAACUCUCUACGGUGGUGAUUACGCGAUGGUUGGUCACGAUUUGCAUCCAAAUCCCGAUUGGUGGCUGUCUGUACUGUACAAAAAGUUAGUUUCCGAAAGAGUGUUGGACUUGCAAGCACCAGACAAUUUUGGUAAAUUACGAAUGUAUGCUCACUGUGCUUCACAACAAAUGGCUAAAAGUACGGACUCGUCGAUAGUAAUUUAUGGCGUGAAUUUGAAUACUCAAGACAUUCGAAUAAAUUUGCAGAUACCUACUAAAGAAAAGCACGUGUAUGCAUACAUUCUCACUUCUAAAGAUUUGCAGUCUAGGGAUAUUUAUUUGAACGAGAACAUCUUAAAACUAAAAAAUGAUGGAAGUUUACCGAAAUUUGAACCAAAGAUUUUAAACAUCAAUGACGUUAUUGUGUUACCACCAUAUUCACUUCAAUUUUUCAUAGUUCAUCAAAUUCCCGUUGCAGCCUGCUCCAAUUGAGUUUUUGUUUGAAUAAAACAUUAUUUAAUUAUAUAUUGCAUUAGUUUUAUAAAUUUUUAUACGAUUUGUUUAAUUUAUUUCAAAUUUUUUACAUUUUUUUACAUUUUUAAAAUAAUAAAUAGAUAAUGUUAGAGGUGUAAGAUUUAUGUAAUAAAAUGCU